CCUUACAGGUGCAGGUUACGGCGCCGAUCGUGCGGGAUGCGUGAGGACUCAACAUUUAUGUGAAUAGUGGACUUUAAUCGGUGGUGGAGAACAAGAAGAUCGUUUGUUUUACACUGGAUAGUAAUCGGAGUAAUGCCCGUUCCAGACCAGCUUUCUGACAGCGAGAACUCCAGCAUGCUGAGCCCAGUGUUAAACGCCUCUAACGGGGAUGGAUCUGAGACAGAGACAACGUCUGCCAUCCUAGCCUCUGUCAAGGAGCAGGAGCUGCAGUUUGAGAGACUGACUAGAGAGCUGGAAGCUGAGCGCCAGAUUGUGGCUACUCAGUUGGAGCGUUGCAAACUGGGAUCUGAAACCGGAAGUGUGAGCAGCAUAAGUUCUGCUGAUGAGAAGUUUCGCUGGAACAACCAAGAUGGACCGAAGGACAUAGAGGAAGAGCUGACCACUGGCCUGGAGCUGGUGGACUCCUGCAUUAGAUCUUUGCAAGAGUCUGGCAUUCUGGAUUCACAGGAGUUUACAACAGGUGAAAGAGGAGGCAUCCUGUCCCAGAGUGCUCUACAGCUCAAUAAUCAGGAGGGCACCUUUCCCUAUCCAACUGGUUACCAUAGCAGCCAGACCCUGGCCCUGGGCGACCCGGCGACCUCCCAACCCCUAGCACGUGGUGCUCAGGUGGGAGGGGCUGUGCACAGCUACAAUCAGGUGACAUCUAGCCGAGCAGGCCAGCUGGUGGGCACUGACCGGGGUGCCCAGAGUCAUGGCAGCAGCUUUAACUUGCCAGAUGAUCAGCGUUCUGUCUACUACUCAUGUGCCACCCUGCCAGCCCAGCGUGUGAGCUCUCCGCUUACCAUGCAGGCCCUGGGCUCACCCUCUAAGCUCCAGAGGCUUGGUUCAGCCUUAGACAUGCCCAGUUAUGCCACUUUGCAGCGGGUGUCCUCACCCAAGCAGUCGCCCAGCCGCCUGGCCAAGUCCUACAGCACCAGCUCUCCCAUUAAUAUGGCAGCUGGAGGCAACACAUCUGCUUCGUCUGGGCACGGUAACAACUCCAGCUCCUCUCCACUUCACCAGCUAAGCUCGGCUGUGGGCAGCUAUGCCACGCUGUCGCCCGCCAAACGCAUGCUUCACUCCUCUGACCAGUAUAAGAUCUCCCAUGAGCUCUACGCCAAUGCCACUCUGCAGAGACCCGGCAGUCUAGCAGGCUCCAGAGGCUCAUACAGCAGCCAGCACGGCCACCUGGGCACUGAGCUGCGCCCCCUUCAGUCUCCCGAGCACCACAUUGAUCCUAUCUAUGAGGACAGAGUGUAUCAGAAAUCACAGCUGAGGAACUUUAAUCAGGCCCCAUCCUCUCCUGGCGUCGAGCCCAUCCCCCUGCAGCGCACAGGGAGCCAGAAUGCCACGGGCACCUUCCCUCGCUCUAAUUAUGCUGCUGCGCCCGACUACGCCAACCCCUACCGCACGCUGCAGUUCUGCCCUUCAACCGACUCACCCUACAGCAAAUCCGGGCCAGCACUGCCGCCCGAGGCUACACUGGUCAGGUCGCCCUCUGUGGACAGCAUCCAGAAGGACCCCAGGUACGACCCUGAAUUCCUUGUCUGGAAUCAAAAUCAAGCUGAACAAAGAAUGACAAAGGAGUUUGGUUGGAGGGAUCCUGAGCUACCCGAGGUGAUCCAAAUGCUGCAGCAUCAGUUCCCAUCUGUGCAGUCCAACGCAGCAGCCUACCUUCAGCACCUGUGCUUUGGAGACAACAAGAUCAAAUCAGAGAUACGAAGGCAAGGAGGCAUCCAGCUGUUGGUGGACCUGCUGGACCACCGAAUGAGUGAUGUUCACCGCAGUGCCUGUGGCGCUUUAAGGAACCUGGUGUAUGGGAAAGCCAACGAUGACAACAAGAUAGCUCUAAAGAACUGCGGUGGCAUCCCGGCUCUGGUGCGGCUUCUCCGCAAAACUACCGAUGUGGAGAUCAGAGAACUGCUCACAGGUGUACUGUGGAACUUGUCCUCGUGUGACGCACUGAAGAUGCCCAUAAUCCAGGAUGCUCUGGCUGUGCUUACCAACACCGUGAUCAUCCCUCACUCAGGCUGGGACUCCUCUCCACACCAGGAUGAGCGUAAGCUGCAUCUGCACUCCUCACAGGUGCUCCGCAAUGCCACCGGAUGCCUCAGGAACGUGAGCUCGGCAGGAGAGGAAGCGCGGCGCCGGAUGAGAGAGUGUGAAGGGCUGACGGACGCGCUGCUCUAUGUCAUUCAGACAGCACUGGGCAGCAGUGAAAUCGACAGCAAGACUGUAGAGAACUGCGUGUGUAUUCUGAGGAACCUGUCCUACCGGCUGGCAGCUGAGACGUCUCAGGGGCAGCAGCUGGGCUCGGACGAGCUAGACGGGGUGCUGUGCACUGACGCCAGCGGGAAGGAUGCUGAGAGCUCUGGCUGCUGGGGUAAAAAGAAGAAGAAAAAGAAGGGCCACGAUCAGUGGGACGGUGUGGGCCCUUUUCCAGACUCCGCCGAUCCUCCGAAGGGGCUGCAGAUGCUCUGGCACCCAUCCAUAGUGAAGCCGUAUCUCACGCUGCUGUCAGAAUGCUCCAACCCGGACACGCUGGAGGGGGCGGCAGGGGCUCUACAGAAUCUGGCGGCAGGAAGCUGGAAGGUAGGCCCCACCCCCAAACCAUGGUCGGUGUAUAUCCGAGCAGCAGUGAGGAAAGAGAAAGGCCUUCCUAUCCUGGUCGAGUUGCUGAGGAUCGAUAACGAUCGUGUGGUGUGUGCCGUAGCCACGGCACUCAGAAAUAUGGCCUUAGAUGUGAGGAACAAAGAGCUCAUCGGCAAGUACGCCAUGAGAGACUUGGUCCACCGCCUGCCAGGAGGCAACAAUAACAGCAGUGGCGGCAGCGUGGGGAAGAGCAUGUCCGACGACACCAUCACAGCCAUCUGCUGUGCCCUGCAUGAGGUUAUUACCAAGAACAUGGAGAACACCAAAGCCCUGCGCGACGCUGGAGGCAUCGAGAAGCUCAUCGGCAUUGCACGCAGCAAAGGAGACAAACACUCACCCAAGGUGGUAAAAGCUGCAUCCCAGGUCCUGAGUAGUAUGUGGCAGUACCGGGAUCUACGUAGCCUGUAUAAGAAGGAUGGCUAUUCUCAGUACCACUUUGUGGGUUCAUCCUCUACAAUAGAGAGAGACAGACAGAGACCUUAUUCAUCAUCUCGUACUCCGUCUAUCUCUCCUGUGCGGACCUCGCCAAAUAACCGUUCAGCGAGUGCCCCCACUUCCCCGAGAGAGAUGAUGAGUUUGAAGGAGAGGAAGACAGACUACGAGUCAACUGGAACCAACUCCGGGUACCAUAGCAACAAGGGCGAGCACACCUCUAGGAAGGAUGCCAUGGCAGCUCAAAUCUCCAGUGGAACUACUACACUGUUCCGAGGUGCUCACAUGCCUCCCAGUGAUGACCUCAAACAUAACCAGAUCUCCACUCAAGGUAACGCUACAGAGGCCUACCCUCCCUUCCAGACCCCUCCAGGAGCUAACUUUGAUGAGAACUACUAUGAGGACCAAGCGCACCAGCGCCCCCCAGCCACUGCCGACGGCACCCUGCACCUCGGCCUUAAGUCCACCGGCAACUACGUGGACUUCUACUCAGCCUCCCGACCCUACAGCGAACUCAACUAUGAGACGAGUCACUACCCUGCCUCACCUGACUCCUGGGUGUAGUGAGGCAGGCUGAGGGUCGGUCUGAGGACACACUCGCAGAAAGAAACCAGCCCCGCAUGUGCAUGAACACUACUGGACACACGCUCAUACACGACAGAUGUACAAACACCCUCAGUUUGGAUCUGAGCCCACACCAUGGAACACUCUCACUGAGACCCUUAUUCACUAAGAACACAAACAAUGUAGAGAAAGAGAGAGAGAGUCGCAGACAGGUGAAAGAUGAUGUUUUGAAGUUUGAAGACAAUUAGGGAAUAAAGAAAAGGAUUUUGUUUUACCACACAGAUCUGAAAGUAUAAGGACAACCUGUACGGCUGCUAGGAAGCAGGAUUUUACAGAAACGGUUAGUGAACUGUAAAUGUGCGGAUCAGAUGAGAGACAGGAAUGUGAAGCACAAGAAAUCUCCACAUCAUGCCUCUACAUAAGCUGAGGAAAGAGUCGAUAAAUUUUUAGGACAUCUGUUUGCGUUUAGUCUGCUUUUUGUGGAGCGCAUUCUUCACAAGGAGAUUCUCAGAGCCUUUUUAUCUUCUUUCAUUCCUUAUUUUUAUUUUGUACCUCUUUUUUUAUCUUCUUAAUUCUAGUGUAAAGUAUUUGUUGUAUAUUGCAGAUGUAGAUACAAGUUACAUUGUGUAUUAUACAGAAAAGAAAACGUCUGUAUCCCUCCUCUCCUGUGGCUCAAAAUCAUCUUUUUUGUCUGAUAUAUUCAAAAAUGGUAGGAAAGAUUUCUCAACAGACAUUCUCUUCUGUAGUUUAAGUACGUUUUGGCGGCAAAAAAGAUUCAAAAUUGAUUCAAAAUUAGAGUUUAUUCAGACGUCGGAUGAAGACAAUGAAAUCACCGAGCAUCAUUAUUCCAUGCACGGUUGCUACACUGCCUGGCAAGAGUUUACCGAGUCAAUUACAUUGUAGCUUUAUUUUGCUCAGACAUUUUUUUACGUUCUGAAAAGACUAGGUGACAGCUUUAACUGAAGACCUGUCAUUCCACCAUGCUUCCAGUGAUCUGUGCUCUCUGUUUUGUAAAAUGUGCCAAAUGUGGUAAUCCCCGAGCCAGGAGGUUAUCGCUGAGCUGCCGCUGAAGUUUACGUUCAAUGCAAUUUUUAUUUAUCUUACCAAUGCCAGUUUGUAAAUGCUUCUUUUCUACAUUUCACACUGAGAAGAGACAUGGCUAACACUCGGAGGCACUCAGGCUUUCGGAGCUAACCCUCCUUGGACGUACAAUUAGUUUAUGCUGUGUUGUAAAAUAGACAAUUGAGCGAAUCCGAUUUUUUAAUUUACAAAACUAAGUGGUUUUAAGUUCACUGUAGACUAAACUGUCAAUAGAUUAUGAAUAUAUAUUAUAUAAAUAAAAUAUAUAAAUAUAUACUUUUUAUGUGCAGAUGUGGAUGUCACCAAAUGCAGCAACAUUUGAUGGAAAAAAACACGUAGGAUUCUGUUAUCGUUACCGUACCUCUGAUCUGUUUCCCCUUCCUGUUAUUUUGGUGUUGCUGGGUGAAACAGGUGAGACCAGGGCUCCAGACCCACAGAACAACGACGCAGCCAUGUUUCAAACACAGAACGGAAAUAGUGCUAGAAAUUUUAUACACAUGCGUCUUUGUGUGUUUCUCAUUACAUAUUUGUGGUCUGAAGUUGCUACCCUUUAAAUAUCAAAGCUGUUAUGAAUGUUUCAUCCUCUUUAGUGAAAUUAAAGCCGCCAACUCAUAUGAUUUCGUCUUUUUGUUACUAAAUGUCAAAAAAUGUCCUACUAAUCUAGAUUUGCUUCUAGAGAAGUUAUUGUCAUGUAAUUCAUGACUGCCCCAUUCUUAAUCUCAGGAUAUCUUGUGAGGGUUUAAAGUUGCUUGGUGAAUCCACUCACUGAGUGUGGACGAUGACUCUUAUUUAAUCUGGUUGAGGACCAUUUAAGAACUGUUUUGAACUGUGGCAGCAAGCCCUGGUCUUUCCUUCCUAUUGUUUUAAACUUAGAAAUAUAUGUCAAGGCAAAGAAGCAGAUUAAUAACCUCCUGAAUCUGUCUCACUUAUCUUUUAGCACUAUCAGUAGUGAACAUCAGGAAAAAAAACUGCAAAAUAUUUGUGGAAAAAGUAGACAUGUCUGACGACUUGUAUUGGAAAUGUAAGUACAUUUUUCUGUUGAUAGACAAAGUGUUUGAGAUAAUUGUGAACCUUUUUAUUGCUACUGCAACUGCUAUAAGAUAUAAACUUACUAUCAAAUCAUUUUUGCGUGAAUCAUUUUUGCUAGAAAAUUGUACUUCAUGUAAAAACGCUGUACCAUAUUUCUAUUAUUUGUUAAAGACGUAGGCCCUGAUUUACUUAGAUGCCAAAUAAACAGUACUAAUUAGUGUG